AUGCCCGCCCCAACUCCUGCCGAGUGGGAUGAUAUUCCCAUCAUGAAGCCAGAGAGUGCAUUCUUCGAUGUACAAGCUCAGACAGUUAGCAACGGUAUCGACGAGGAGCUCAAAAAAGAGUCGCAACGGCGACGAGAUGCCAGUCGGAAAGAAGUGAAGGUCAUGCUGCUCGGGCAGGCAGAGUCGGGAAAAUCCACCCUCCAAAAGCAAUUUCAACUUUACUACGCAUCUACUUCGAUUGAGCACGAACGACCAUCCUGGAAACCAAUUGUUCACUUCAAUACUAUCAAAGCCAUACGGUUAAUUCUCGAGGAACUCGAUUAUGAUCUCUCACGACCCAUCAUCGACACCCCCGACGACAUGCCGCUGCCUGACCCACAAAGAGCCCAGGAAGAAAUAAACCAGCUUCGCUCCCAAUUACUUCCUCUUGUCGCUAUGGAGGAUGCCUUAGCCUCCGAACUUAGCGGAGGUAUCUCUGUCGGAGGGGGGCGGGCAGGUGUUUUUGUGCGAGCCGGCUGGCAGGCUCUCGUUACCACCGGUCGUAAUUGGCCGCUUAGCGAUAUGAGAACUGCCUCAAAGACCCAGGUGGCGGCAAACAUGGCGGCAAAAAUACUACACGACCUCCGAAACGAGAUCAAUACCCUAUGGCACCAUCCCGCUGUUGGACGUCUUCUAGCUCUUCGUCACCUAAAACUCGACGAAGCAGGGUCAUUCUUCCUGGACAACCUCAUGCGCAUCACAGAACCUGAUUACAUGCCGAUAAUGGAUGAUAUUCUCAAUGUUCGCGUACAGACGCUCGGAGUUAUCGAGCACUCGUUCCCAAUCAACAUAGGCGGAACAAUGUAUGACUGGAAGCUGUAUGAUGUUGGUGGUGCCCGUGGUCAGAGACACGCAUGGGUGCCUUAUUUUGAAGACGCAACUGCCAUCAUCUUCUUAGCCCCCAUAUCGGCGUUCGACCAAUUCCUGGAAGAAGACCCACGUACAAACCGAAUUGAUGAUUCUCUGAAGUUGUUCACUGCCGUAUGCUCGAAUAAACUUCUGAGAAACACCCACCUUGUUCUCCUUCUCAACAAGACUGAUCUGUUGAGGAAGAAGCUGGAGGCAGGCAGUCAGGUUCAGAAAUACAUUGUCAGCUAUGGGAACAGACCCAACAGUUACGAAGACGUAUCAGAAUACUUCCGGGCCCAUUUCAUACAGGUACAUCGACGCAAGGACAUCGCAAAUCGUCAUCUUUAUUGCCAUUUCACCUCUAUGCUGGAUAUUGCAGCCACGCAAAGGAUUAUCGUCAAUGUUGGGGAAGCUAUCAUUAGGCAGCAUAUCUCGAAAAUAGGACUAAUGUAAUAGCAAGUGUUGCUACGCUUCAUGUCAUACUACCUAUAUCAACAAUAUGUAUCAACUGACAAACAAGAAAACUGCUCAACAUUACUCAAAGCUACUUAUCAUCGGCGUCAACUCGGAACAAAGUUUCUGGCUCUUAGUCGCCAACUGAUAAACACGCAAGAGACCCCGUUCCUUCAAACCCGCGAGUCCUUCCUGAACUUUCAAGAAUUCGGCGUUCGCAGGAAGGGCGAAUACUCCUAUCGCGACCUCCUUUAGGGAGUCGAACGACGCUACCGACCGGGUAAGGAUGUUGUCAAUCGCUCUCCAGCCCAUCAACUUCUUAGGAUCAAUGUACACCUCGAUAGCGACGUGCUCGAGAAUC